CGAGGCUCAGCUCCUGGCCCCGUGUGUGUGUGUGUGUGUGUAUGUUUGACGUCAGUCAUGUUUAUUGUGAGAGGUUUAGUAAGCAGAAGAGGUGCUGAGUCAUGCUGAGUGAGGUGUGAGCCUGAGAGGGACAACAGCAGCAGGAGAGGCAUGUGAGAGAGCCAAGGCAGUGCGCCUGUGCUGAGCGGCGAGGCACCAGAGGCACCUUAUCAUUUGCUACACCUGGCACUGAGUACAGGCACGUGUGUGGCACUCCUAAGAGGCACCAUGUCUUCCCAGCAGCUGCGGAAAGUUGUGCUCAGCACUGGCAACAUCCUCGAGAUGGAGGAUAUUAUUCGCAAGGCCGGACAGACCACUAAUGAAGAGCUACGAUGUAGUAUAAAAACCACACUUAAUAGCUGGGGAGGGAGCAAAGCAGAUGCUCAGAAUUGUGAGGUCCUUUCUAUCCAAGGAAAUACAAAUAGUUUACCUCCCAAAGAAAGCAUCUUCACCAAGACUACUGUGAAGCUUUUCCUCAGCAACAAUGACUCUUCACAGGUUGAAGAUGCCAUUAAAACUGUUUCAACAGGUCUGGAUUUACCUUGCAUUGAUUUAGUUAUUGUAACACCACCGGAUGUUAGUGAUGAUGCAACAUUAGAGAGCCUGGAACCAAUGUGGCAAGGUCUAGAGGAUGCUGUGAGCAGAGGAACUGUGGCUUCCAUUGGCUUAGCAGAUGUCUCCACUAAACUUUUUACUGAACUGUAUGAAUGGGCCAAGAUAAAGCCAUCAGCAGUGCAGGUGAACCUUUCUUCCUGCUGCAUUGUGUCUCCUGAGUUGUCAGCAUUUGCUCAACAACAUGAUAUUCAGGUGUUGACCCACAAUGACCCUGCAGAAAUUGUGGAUGAGGAGGUUGUGUCAACUAUCACAAGUUGCCUAGGUUUAUCAGGGGUUCAGUGCCAGAUAGAAUGGAUUGCACGACACCGAACCAUCCAGCAAUGUUUUGGGUUGGUAAAAGACAAGGGCUACACGCUUGCCCUGGCAUGUGAUGGCUAAAUGAUAAGAUGGACUUACCAGAGCAAAGUAUUUGGAGGUCCCAAACAUGAGUUUUAUAUGUAUAUGUAUGUUUAUGUGUGCACAUAUAAAUACACAUGUGCACACACACACUUCCCACACAUACACAUGUGUGCACACACUUGCAUACAUACAUCAUCGCCCACCAAGGUAGGAUAAAACCCCACCCCAAAAAAUAGGGAUAAUUUCUCUAUCACUUAUUCAGUUAUUGCCAGAAAUUACAGACAUCACAAUUCAAAUAACACUCCGAAUAGUAACAUCCCCACCAGUCCUUCAAAGUAAAGGCACUUUAUUUCCCAUCUCCAGGACUCACAUUUGACUAACCAAUUUCUCUUAAUGUUGCCUUGUUCACACUUCAGUAGCAUGUCAUCCCUAAAACCACUUGCCUCAGUGCACUCAAAUCUAAAAUGCUAACACACACACUUACUGGAUAUUCAAACCCCUACCACUUAAAACCACUUUCACAUCCUCCCUCCACCCUUUCCUUCGAUAACACCUACCCUUGUACCCUGGAUUUAUACAGCCUUUUGAUCAUCCUUUUCUGAUCCAACCUCUCUAAAUGCCAAAAACCACUUCAACAACCCCUCCUCUGCCCUUUGAAUAAUACCAUUUGUAACCCCCACACACUUCUGAUUGCUACUUGGGUUUCUUUCAUAAUUUUUACACCACACAUUGCUCUCAAACAUUGAUAUAUGCACCACCUCUAACCUCCACUACAAUAUUUAAAGCCCAUGCUUCACACCCAUUUAAAAAAAUGUUGGUUUCACUAUAUUCUGGUACACUCCGCUUUUUCUUUCCAUAAACUUUCUUGCCAUAGGCACUUAAACACUCCAUGUAAAUUUUUUUACUUUCAUUUAUAUUCUAUUGUGUGGUUCAGCUCAUUUUUCAUGGGCCCAUCUACCUACACAUCCACUCCCAAAUAUCUAAUUACAUUGACUUCUUUUCUUUUCCUCUCUUUUGCUAAUAUGAUAAAAAAAAAUUAUCUAAACUUAUUUGUUACUCUCAUCACUUUGUUCAUUUUUGUAUUCACUUUAAUUUCACUUUUUCACACCCUCCCAAACUCUUCCACCAACAUUUGUAACUUUGCUUUAGAGUUUCCCAAAAGAACAGCAUCAGUAAAGAGCAACUGUGACACCUCCCACUUCGUAUCAGAUUCAUUACUUUUUAAUCUUGUCUCUCCCCAACAUCCCUAGUAUUUACUUCAUUUACAACCCCAUUUAAAAGAUAUAUUAAAGAACAGUGGUUGUUGUUGAGUUUUAAAUAUUAAUGAUAUCUGUUUAAGAGUAACUAUAAACAUUUUUAAAUUGGACUGCCUCUGUUAAUGCAAAGUACUAUGUGCUCAUUCACAUUAGCAACAUUAAAGUUUUGGGAACACUGAUGUGUGUACAUUAAUAUUGGAGAAAUUUUAUGACGAAUAUUGCUUAUUGUUAAUAGAAGCAGUUCUUGAAGUGUAUGUGAAGUGUCUUGUCCUAGGUUGGCAAGUAAAACUUUGUGCUGUGACUUCAUAAAUGGGUACUAUAGUGUAUCACUGCACUCAUGCCUGAUGGGGAAUAUGGGCUUUAUAAUCUGUUUGGUAAAUGAAUAAGAAAUAUGUGCAACACUCGGGGUACCUUUAGUGUGGAGAAGUUUUGCCAUCCAGUGGCUUAAUCAGUCUGAUACAGAAAAUAGUCCUGGAUAUGGUGGAAGACAUGAAUUAUUAUUAUUAGAAUCAAGGGGAAAACACUAAACCCAUAGGGGGGCUAUGUGGAAGGUAUUCAGGCUUAAUUCAGGGAACUGGAGCACAGAUCCAAUUCCCUAGAUCAGGAGCCCCUCACCAGCAUCAAGGAACCUUCCUUGAGAGGGGGAAGUCAUGAAGUAGUAGUUAGAAAAGGGAUGAGUUCCUCAGCCUUGAUUGGAGGUGUUCACUCCAUCAGUCUUGAGAUUUCUUCCCUUAGCCUGGCUGGCUGAUUAACAGAUGUAGGAUCAAACUUCCAUCACACUUUGUGCUGAAUGACCCACACAGGUUUAUGCUUUAUGUUAAGAAAUUUAAAAACAAUAUUCUCCAUCUUCUGGCACCUACUUUAGAUUUAUCAAGACUGAUGGACUGAACACCUCAGAUCAAGGCUUAGAGACUGAUUGCCUCAGACUUCUGCAUGUCUUCCUUUAUCUCCAGGACUCUUCUCUGUAUUGGAUUGAUAAAGCCACUGGUUGGCAAAGUGUCUCUGCAAUAAAGAUACCUAAUAAAGAUUAUUUACAAAUCUCCAAGUUGAUAAUUAUUAUACUGUACUUGACAAACUAUUAUUUUUAUGGGGCACCAUGCUCAAGUGAAAGUUAUAAUGAGUCAGGAUUAUUUUUAUGUUCAUUCUGUUCAUCAGAGCUAAUGGAUGAACAGUGCCUUAUUCCAGUCUUGUAAUUGCUACAAUACUAUACAUUUUCUUCACUGAUAAUUAUUUGUUGGAAAUAUCACAGGGAUUUUGUGGUGCUUAUCAUUUGUGGUUUAUUUUUAUGCAAUUAGAAUUGUUAAGGCAGAUAUAGGCAUAUUUCCUGUGGCCUUCAGGAAUUGCACUUAAUUUUUGAUAGCAAAAGUGAGGGAUUUAAUAUAUAAUCAAAACCAGAUUCAAGUAAUGUAUUUUCAUCCAUGAUGCCAGUAAGUACUUAGGGUGAGAAAAAUUGACUUUAUUCCCAGUUGAUAUUGUUAACAAUUGAUGGUUCAAAUGAAGUCUUAAGAAUAAUUGUGUACAAAUAAAUAAUGCAGUGAUAAUUCAUCUUAGUGUCUCAAACUAAAGUUACUUAUAUGCUAAGUAACAAUGCCUUUUUAUAAAGUUGUGUGGAUUUUAGAGUACAGUAUUACAUGCAAGUGAAAUGAUGCAUUAUGUUAAGGAUUCAUUCCAAUAACUUUUUUUGUUAUGUAUAGUAUGAAUGUAUGGGCAGUUUAACCUGUCAUGUCAAAUGAGAAUUGAUUGUUGUAUUGAAUGAUUGUGAUUAGACUGGCUUGGAAAAUGUGUAUUGCCACAAUUAUUGUGUUGUGUUUGGAGAUAGUAAAACCUCUUUAAUAGAAACUGCCUGGAUGGCAUUUUAAACUACAAUAAUUAUAUUGUCCAGUUAUUGCAAUUUAAGUCUUAUUUAAAAAUUAUUUUAAAUAAAGUUAAUUUACUUAUCCUUAACAACAAUUUACUUUUUUUUUUUUUAACAAGUCGGCCAUCUCCCACUGAGGCAGGGUGACCCAGAAAGAAAGAAAAUCCCCAAAAAGAAAAUACUUUCAUCAUCAUUCAACACUUUCACCUUCACCUCACUCACACAUAAUCACUGUUUUUGCAGAGGUGCUCAGAACACAACAGUUUAGAAUCAUAUACGUAUAAAGAUACACAACAUAUCCCUCCAAACUGCUAAUAUCCCAAAACCCCUCCUUUAGAGUGCAGGCAUUGUACUUCCCAUUUCCAGGACUCAAGUCCAGCUAUAUAAAAAUAACCGGUUUAUCUGAAUCCCUUCACUAAAUAUUACCCUGCUCACACUCCAACAGAUCGUCAGGUCCCAAAUACCAUUUGUCUCCAUUCACUCCUAUCGAACACGCUCAAGCAUGCAAUUUACAUAUAGUAAAAAUUUUCUAUAUUAAGUAUUUAUAGUGUAUUUUUAUGAAUUAUAUGAUUUUAAAAUGGUUUCAGCUUUCCUUAGAUGAAACACUACAUGCUAAGUAGCAGGGGCGUCAUGAGGGGGGGGGGGGUGCGGUCCACCCCAGGUGACACCAUAGUCUCUCUAAAGAAAGUAACACUAAUGACAAAAACAGUGCUGCAACAACAUAAGAAAAAAAUUCUUCAUUUCUAUAUAGCCUAUUAUAGAAUUGCAAAGUACAAAUAGGCCUAUAUAGGGAAAAUCAUUGAUUUUGAUGAUGUGAUAGAUGAUUUUGCAGGAUUGAAGGCAAGGAAAUGAAAUUUCAGAUUCAUUGAGAUGUUACCUGUACUCAAGGUCAAAUCGGAACUAGUGUUUUUCUUUAUUUUUCAAGUUUUCUUUUUUCAUUGUUGGAGAUGAAUAAAUGUAGGAUCUGUUGCCUAUACUCAAAGUGGUAUUUGAGUUUGUUUCCUCAAUAUUACUAUGAUUAUUUAUUUUAUCAAUAAUAAAGUUCAGUUUAUGGCCUUUAAACAUUCUCAUUGCUAAACUUUAGUCACUGGUCAUGCAGUAGUGAUGUAACUGGAGUUUACUUCCCCUAUUCCCCCACCCUUGGAUUUCAUGGGGGUGACACCAAA